UACGGAAGAAUUUGCAUCUACAUCCGGGUAACUUUGCCUCCUCAUGCUGUAACAAGCAUGGCAACGAAAAACAAGCACCGCAAAAGGUCUCAAACGACUAAAAAAGUGACAUUUAGGUCUGAAGACUAUGAGCCGGAGGCCGAAAACAACGAUGGAGAGGAAGUUGAAGAUUCAGAUGAAGGUGUGAACACAGCGAGGAGAAAUGAAGCAGAGCUCAAUCUGGAUGAGGUUUUACGGCUUGGAGGAACUAAGGCCGACUACAUCCUCCUCGCUGGCCUGGAUGACUCCAAUGAGCUUGUUGAUGGAGGAAAGAAGGGAGCAAUAGACGACCUGGAGGAGGGCGAGCUGGAGAGAUUCAUCACCAAACUGGGCAUCCAAGCUUACGCUGAUCAGCAGUUCAUCAGAGAUGAGGGGGAAAGUAACUCUGAAACUGUCAAGAGGGAAAGUAAAGAGGCCAAAUUUAAGAAAGUGUCUGAAGAGGAACAUAUAUCCAAUUCUCAGAUCGAAGUUUUAAAACCGGUGAAAAAGAAAACAGAAGAUGCUCAGGUAUCAGCUAGAAAAAAAGCAAAGCAGACUGUGAAUGUUUUUGAGUUCCAGCAGAGGCAGGUACUGCUGAUCAAACCUGGUGGGAAGUGGUUUGAACUGGAGUACACAGCCGAGGGCACAUCGACACAGCAGGAUGCCGCACUGGUUUCCCAGUAUAAGAUGCUCGCCCAGCAGCUGUUUGAGGCAGAGGUUGAGCUCUUUAAAACCAAAAAGAACCUGCAGAAAGGAGCCAACUCUGCCUGGAUGAAGACUGUUGUUUCUACUGGUGUGUUGGCUGACAGGAUGGCUGCUAUGACUGUACUGAUCCAGGACGCUCCAAUUCACAUGCUGGAGCAUGUGGAGAACCUGGUGUCCAUGGUAAAGAAGAAGGGCAGCCGGCGGAUGGGUCUUAUGGCUUUAGACACCUUACGAGAACUUCUGCUGAACAAUCUUCUGCCAGAAAACAGGAAGCUCCGCUCCUUUGCUCAACACCCAUUUGAUCAAUUGGAGGAGAAGGCCAGCGGCAACCGUGAUGCCCGCGACCGUCGCCUCAUCCUCUGGUACUUUGAGCACCAGUUAAAACACCAAGUGGCCGAAUUUGCAACAGCUCUGGACUCAGUGGGUCACGACACAGUGGCAGCCACCAAGAUGAAGGCGCUGACCACCGCACAUGAACUGCUGUGCAGUCGCCCAGAGCAGGAGAAGGCACUGCUCAUCCAGGUCAUCAACAAGCUGGGAGACCCUGAGUACAAAAUGGCAGCAAAAACAUCGUACCUGCUGGAGACGCUGCUGCACAAACAUCCCAACAUGAAAAGGGUAGUGUGCUGCGAGGUGGAGCGGCUCAUGUUCAGGCCCAACAUCAGCCCAAAGGCACAGUACUAUGCCAUCUGCUUCCUCAGCCAGGUGAUGCUGAGUCAUGAUGAGGCCGAGCUGGCCGCCAAGCUCAUCACCAUCUACUUCUCGUUCUUCCACGCCUGUGUCAAGAAGAAGGACAUUGAGUCAAAGAUGCUGAGUGCUCUACUGUCAGGUGUGAACAGGGCGUAUCCUUACGCCACCACCGGGGACGAGAAGGUGAAGGAGCAGCUGGACACGCUGUUCAGAGUGGUUCACUUGGUGAAGUUCAACACGGCUGUGCAGGCGCUCAUGCUGCUAUUCCAGGUCAUGGACUCACAGCAGAGCAUCUCGGACCGAUACUACACAACACUGUACAGGAAGCUGCUGGACCCCGGGCUGUCAUCAUCCACCAGACAGAACAUGUUUCUCAACCUGCUGUACAAGUCUCUGAAGGCCGACGUGGUGGUGAGGCGGGCCAAAGCGUUUGUGAAGCGGCUGCUGCAGGUCAGCGCCAAGCAGAGCUCCAGCUUCGCCUGCGGAGCGCUUUUCCUUGUGUCAGAGGUCAUGAAGGCCAAGCCAGGUCUCAAGACGCUGCUGCAGGAAGGAGGGGACACAGAGGAAGAGGCGUUCAAAGACCUUGCAGAGGAGAAUGAUGAUGACGAUGAUGGAGAGGAGCAUUUUGUGGAUGCAGACAAAGUAGAGGAAGGAGUGGAGGCAGAGGAGGUCAAACAAACAGCAUCAUGGGUGCAUCAUCAAAAUCUGGAAGGCGGGAAGAGCUUGGAGACUUACGACCCACUGCACAGAAACCCGUUAUACUGCGGUGCUGAUAACACAACUUUGUGGGAGCUGCAGAGGCUUGCUCUGCACUAUCAUCCCUCUGUGUCACUUUUUGCAAAAACCAUCCUGCAGGGAGACUCCAUCCAGUACUCAGGUGACCCUCUGCAGGACUUCACCCUCAUCAGGUUCUUGGAUCGCUUCGUCUUCAGAAACCCCAAACAGCUAAAGGAAAAACAACACACAGACUCUGCAGCGUUGAGACCGAGACAGAGGUUACCUGCCAACUCCUUACCAGUGAACUGCGGAGAGUUUCUGUCCAAAGAGGAAAGCCAGAUUCCUGUAGAUGAAAUCUUCUUCCAUCGCUUUUUUAAGAAGCGGCAGCAGGAGAAACAAGGUAGUCGGCCACGAGGAGACGGUGACGAUGAGAGCGUGGAGGAAGUGGACGAUGAAGAGUUUGAGAAACUUCUCGAUUCCUGUGAAGCAGACUCUUACUACACCGUUAAUGAUCUGGACUUUGCAGGUAAUGUGAAGAGUAAAAAAGGUAAGAAAGGGGAGGAAGACUCCGACUUGGACGAGUCGGAUGUAGACGACCUGGAUGAUGAGGAAGUGUCGUUGGGCAGUAUGGAUGAGGAAGACUUCGGAGACGAACUGGAAGAGGAUGGAGGGACCUUCAUGGAUCCUGACGAAGAUGGAGAAGAGGACGAUGAGGUUCCUGAGCUGGAGGAUGACGAUGCUGCAUUUGACGAUUCAGAUGUCGAUGAGAUGGAGAUGCCUGAUAUGACUCCUCAGACUACGAAGAAAAAGAGGAAAUCCACAGAAGACCUUGAUUUUUCUGGAUCUUUAGGUUCUAAAAAAGGGAAGAUGAAGAAGAAGGAAAGGAAAAAUGCAUCUAUGUUUGCUGCUGCUGAAGAGUUUGGUUCUCUGUUGGAUGAGAACGCCGACUUCAAGCUUGAUAACAUCGGGCUGAAUGCCAUGUCCAACGCAGACAAAGCAGCCGUGAAGCAGCUCAAGUGGGAGGCUCAGCGAGAUGACUGGAUCCAUGGGCGUGACGCCAAGACGAUGCGCAGGAAGAAGACCAUGUUCAACAGGAAGAAGUUUGGCCAAGCCAGGACCGGAAGCAGGAUAUUGGGGAAGAAGAAGAAGAAGUAG